GCUAGGACCCGGAAGUGUCAGAUCCGGGCAGCUUCUACUGGUAGACGAGUGCGGUAGUUGUUGUUGUAUGUGGGAGCUGAACAGGAAAGAUGAUUUCAGAAGGAAGUUCCUUCAUGCGUGGCAUGCUGAUCGGUGGGGUCUUCUGUAUAGUGGUUUCUCUGCUUGGACAUAUUAAAACUGGUCACGAUUCUGCUUCUCACCACGAGCAUCAUCAUGUGCGCCCCAACAAACAUGAAGUUCUGACCCUAUCAGAAAGUGAAAGAAUAGAGUUAAGUCAAGUAUACGAGUGUAUGGUAAAUCCUGUAAGGCCAAAAGACCUCAGCCUUUGGGCUGCAGUUCGGGAUACUUGGAGCAAACACUGUGAUAAGGCAGAUUUCUAUAGCUCAGAACAUGUGAAAGUAUUUGACUCUAAUUCCCGUUAACACUAUGACAUGUGGGUAAUGAUGAGAAGAGCUUUGAAUAUGGUGUAUGAAAAGCACAGAAAUGAUUAUCAGUGGUUUUUUAUUGCCAGUCCAUCAACUUUUGCUGUUAUUGAAAACCUUAAGUAUUUUUUACUUAAAAAGGAUGCUUCUCAACCAUAUUACAUAGGCCAUUCUGUAAAAUCUGGAGACCUUGACUACGUUGAGUACACGGGUGGCAUAGUCUUAAGCAUCGAAUCUCUGAAUCGGCUAGUCUCUGUGUUCAGUGAGACCGAUAAAUGUCCUGAGCAAGCCAGCAUGAUCUGGACUAUUUCUGAAGAGAAGCAGUUGGCCAUGUGUCUCAAAUACAGAGGAGUGUUGGCCGAAAAUGCAGAAGACUCUGAAGGAAAAAAUGUUUUUAACACAAAGCCUGUUGGGACACUCAUCCAAGAAGCAAUGGCAAACAAGCCACAGACGGUUGUUGAGGGUUGUUGUUCAGAUAUGGCAAUCACUUUCAGUGGGAUGUCGCCAAACCACAUGCAAGUGAUGAUGUAUGGGGUGUAUCGUCUCAGAGCCUAUGGACAUAGUUAUAAUGAUGCUUUGGCCUUUUUACCUCCCAUUGGCUCAGACAAUGAUUGAGGUUCACAACAGAGGAGAAUCUAUAGAAGUCCCAUCUUCUUAGGUUACAGACACUGACAACAGUAUGAAGCGCUCUACUUAAAUAGAACUCAUUUACCUUGGAGGUUCCUUGAAAUUUGUCCCUUUUUAUCUUUUUUUUUUUUUGUGGUUAAAAUUGCUCCAAUUGUAACAAGGUCCAUUUGGCUCCAUGCAGAAAUGUAAACUACAAUGGAUAUUGUUGAUUUUUUUGUUUGUUUGUUUUUGUAAACUACAAUGGAUAUUGUU